AUGGAUGCAGCUCCCGUCUUAGCAUUGAUCUUUCGAAUCCGACUUCGAGAACCGAAGAUCUUGGGGAAACCUCCAGACCAGUCAAUCGACAGCAACAUGUGGUCUAGAUUAGUGCGCCGGAGGGCGCUUCUAUUAUUACUAAGAAACCAGUCUGCUUCUGCAAGGAGUCGAAUCCAAAAAAGGACGCUGGUCUCGGCACCUAAACCUGGUGAUGGGCCUCUGAUGGAGAGACGUCCAGAUAGAGAGCUUCCAAACAUCAACACAUUCCGCUGGGCGCGCACCUUCCCCAUCUUCCUCGCCCUAAUCGCCGCCUCCAGCAUCGCCAUCUUCAACUACCAGAAGCUGUCCAGCCCCAUCGUCGCCUCGACGCUGUACGCGCUGCGCACGAGCCCCCGCGCGCGCGAGCUCCUCGGCGACGAGAUCUACUUCCAGCACCAGAUCCCGUGGAUCGCCGGCGAGAUGAACCAGCUGCGCGGCCGCAUCGACAUCCGCUUCCCCGUCAAGGGCACCCGCUCCACCGCCGUCAUGCGCUUCGCCAGCUUCCGCCCUACCCCCAAGGGCGUCUUCGAGACGACCGAGUGGAGCCUCGAGACCCCGGACGGCAGGAAGAUCGAUUUGCUGGAAGGGGAUGAUCCAUUUAGGGCCGUGGCUGCGUUCCCGAUGGAUGAAGAGGAGCGCGAGCAGGCGACGAGGGGGUUUAGACAGCAGCUUAAGUGAGGGGGCUGUAUAGAGAAUAUUGUGUUAGGGUAGUAGAAUACUCUACGGGUAGCUGUUAAAAGCGCUUGAGUAUGAGCAAACCUCAUAGGCGAUAUUAGAACAUGUCGCUUCUGGUUUGGCGCUUGGGGUAA